AUGGUAGUGCAAGCAUCCUCUACUGGCGAUGAUAGACUCAUCAUUGCCUUGGACUUUGGAACCACCUUCUCUGGUAUCACCUACUGUUUCACUAAUGAGCGAGAUAGCUCGCCUACGUCAAUAGAAUACUGGCCUGGUUCGGAUGGCGCAGGUGUGCCUAAAAUCCCUACUGUUAUACGAUACGACAGCCCUGUGAGUUUCACUUGGGGCGCUCAAGUAAAUCGACAAGAUGGCGGCAUUGUCGGAGUCAAACUUUUGCUUGACCCCUCGCAGCCACGUCCCAAAUAUCUCCCGGAAAUCAAUGUCGAAGAAGAGCUCGGGAAACUACCAAAGUCACCCGUUCAGGUGGCUGCAGACUUCAUCGGCGCGGUGUACAAUCAUGCCAUGAAGGAAAUAGGGAAAAAAGUCUCCCAGGACUAUGUUAAACUGUGCCGGAAGGUUUACGUCUUGUCUGUGCCGGCUGUCUGGUCGGAUGCUGCCAAAAACUCCACACUGACGGCAGCCAGAGCGGCAGGCCUCAGUCCUGUUCAGCUAAUCAAAGAGCCGGAAGCUGCAGCGUUAUGGACCGCCAAGAAACUCGAUGUUGCUCUCCAUUCGAAUGACGCAUUCGUCGUUUGCGAUGCGGGUGGCGGUACAGUGGAUCUGAUAUCCUAUCAAGUGGAAGAGAUUGAUCCUAGGUUGAAGCUCAAAGAGCUUGUUCCAGGCACAGGUGGCAUGGUCGGAUCCCUCGGCCUUAACCAGCGCUUUGAAUGUGCCGUCAGGAAGCUCGUCGGUGAGAGGCAGUGGAAGAAUCUUCAGCCAAGCAAAGCCUAUCAGUCUGCUGCAAGACAGUUUGAUAAAGAGGUUAAGAAGUACUUCCAAGGAAAAUUGGAAGAUGAUGAAGAUAAGGGCUUGGAGUCAAACACAUGGACAAUGACUGGAGAGGAUGUGAUGGCAAUAUUCAAUCCCAUCAUCUAUGACAUUCUCAAACUGAUCGAUGAGCAAGUCGAGAGUGUGAAACUCAAACUAGGAGGCCAAAACCCAAAGUACAUAUUCUUGGUCGGAGGCUUUGGAAGCAGCCAGUACCUGAUGAGCCAAGUUGAAGCCAAAUAUCCAGGCAUACAAGUGUUGCAGCCACCAGAUGCCUGGGCUGCAAUCGCCAAGGGUGCAGCAAUUUCGGGCAUGGAGACCGAGGCCACUGUAACAAGCUCAUCUUCAACCCGUCAUUACGGCGUCGAGGCAUGGGGCAUUUAUGAAGAAGAUCGCGAUAAGGGUAGGCCUUCAAGGAAGGGAAUUGAUGACGUGACCAGAGUUGAAGUAAUGACCUGGUAUAUUAAGAUUGGGGAGGAUCUCGCCAGAGGCAAAACUAUCAGAUUCCCAUUCUUCAGGAGCUUUGCCGAGGGCUACACAGAUUCAGAUCUCCAAUAUAACAUCGAUACUUUCCGCACCAACUGCACCGUGGUUGCUGAUCUCUCAAAGGUCCCAAAAGAAAAGUUUACACGGAAAACAACAGAGGGCAAGUUUACUACGAUAUAUGCUAUGAUUUAG